AUGGAAGACAUAGAGAGCAUUCACAGCCCGGUCAAAGAGUUUGUCCUUGGAUUUCCUGUUGCUCCUCAACUGCAGAGUCUCUUCUUUGCAAUAUUUCUCAUUACAUAUGUCUUAGUUUUAGCAGAAAAUAUUUUCAUCAUCCUGACUGUCUGGACAAACUAUAAGGUCCACUCCCCCAUGUAUUUCUUUCUGAGUAAUUUAUCCUUCCCAGAGAUCUGGUAUGUGACAGUCACACUCCUCAAAACAAUGCUGAGCUUCGUGUCAGUGACAAAGCAAAUAUCCUUCAUGGGAUGCAUGACACAGCUGUACUUCUUCCUCAGCCCGGGCAACACUGAAUGCCUCCUCCUGGCUGCCAUGGCAUAUGAUCACUAUGUUGCCAUUUGCAAGCCUUGCCAUUACUCUACUAUCAUGAGACACUGUGUCUUCCUUACUAUGGGAUCUUGUUUGAUUGGUUUCUCAAUUGUUGGAUGCGAAGUGUUUUUUAUCUCUCAGCUAACAUACUGUGGACCAAAUAUAAUCAGCCAUUUCUUCUGUGAUGUUUCUCCUCUCUUGAAUUCAGCCUGCACAGAUAUGGAAAGAGCUGCUCUUACAGAUUUUGUAGCUGCCUUAUUUAUUCUCCUGAUGCCUCUCUCCAUAGUAAUCCUAUCCUAAACCUAUAUAAUCUUCACUGUCCUUCACAUCUCAUCUGUACAAGGUUGCCAAAAAGCUUUCUCCACCUGUGCCUCCUGCCUUAUAGUGGUCAUUGUCAUCUAUGUGAGGCCAAAACCACUUCCACUUCAUGACACAAACAAAAUCAUGUCUGCUCUCUAUGCUAUUGUUAUUCCUCCCUUCAAUCCUAUCAUUUACUCUCUGAGGAACCAAGAAAUCAAGGAUGGACUAAAAAAGAUCUUCAGAAAAAUGUUUCCUUGCAGAAAAAAUUUACAAGUUUAA